AUGAAGCCCGAGUCGUGGCAGGCCCUCUUGCACGUGGCCCUGGUCAGCUGCCUCUGCGCGGCCACCGUCCACGCCGGUGUUUUCGCAGGUGUCUCUGUCCCAGUGGGCCAUGAGCAGUACGCCGAAGCGCCGGUCGCCAGCCUCCCUGCCUUCCUGGCCAUGCCCUUCAACUCGCUCGUUAACGUGGCCUACGUGCUCCUGGGGAUGUACUGGCUGCAGAGCAAAGCCAGCGCCCCGGGAGGCCCCACAGAAGCACGGAAGGCUUGCUACAUGAAGGACGUCUUUGCGGGCAUGGCCCUGGUCUACGGCCCGGUUCAGUGGCUGCGCAUCACGAUGCAGACGUGCCCCACCGCCGUGCUGGACCAGUGGCUCACCUUGCCCAUCUUUGCAUGGCCGGUGGCCUGGUGCCUCUUCCUGGACAGGGGCUGGAAGCCCUGGCUGUUCCUGGCUGUCGAGGGCCUCUCCCUGUGCAGUUACAGCCUGGUCCUGCUGCACCCCUGUGGGUUUGAGGUGGCGCUGGGCGUACACAUCACAGCAGCUGUGGGGCAGGCCCUGCGCACUCAGGGCCGCCACGGCAGCGCUUCAACGGGGAAGUUCUUGGCUCUGGGCGUGCUCUGCUGCCUGGGGUUUGUGCUCCUCAAGCUGUGUGACCACGAGCUCUCGCAGUGGCGUCUCUUCCAGCGGCUCACGGGCCACUUCUGGUCCAAAGUCUGCGAUGUGCUCCAGUUCCACUUUGCCUUCUUGUUCAUGACCAACGUAAACACCUGCCGAAGAUGCCCUCCUGCGGAGAAGAUGCGUUAA